AUGCAGGAUAUACCUAUUGUGGAUCUUGUGCAGCCCAUGCUUACAAACAAGUGGAUCCUAAUAUUACCCGAAAAAUUUUCAUUCUUGGGCCUUCCCAUCAUGUGCCCCUUUCCCGAUGUGCACUUUCCAGUGUGGACAUUUAUAGAACACCUCUGUAUGAUCUCCGAAUUGACCAAAAGAUUUAUGGAGAAUUGUGGAAGACUGGAAUGUUUGAGCGUAUGUCCCUACAGACAGAUGAAGAUGAACACAGUAUUGAAAUGCAUUUGCCUUAUACUGCUAAAGCCAUGGAAAGGUCAGAGGUUCCGUUACAGUUACUAUGAUGAAUCCCAAGGAGAAAUUUAUAGAUCCAUUGAGCACCUAGAUAAAAUGGGUAUGAGCAUUAUAGAGCAGCUAGACCCUGUAUCUUUUAGCAAUUACUUGAAGAAAUACCAUAAUACAAUAUGUGGAAGACAUCCUAUUGGAGUAUUAUUAAAUGCUAUCAACGAGCUCCAGAAGAAUGGAAUGAAUAUGAGCUUUUCGUUUUUGAAUUAUGCUCAGUCAAGCCAGUGUCGAAACUGGCAAGACAGCUCAGUGAGUUACGCAGCUGGAGCACUUAUGGUCCACUGAACCGCUGAAUGCUCAGGGAUGGCACCUGCACACACUCUGUAUACGGGGUCCCAGCCUAGCCCUUACAAAGAUACAGUCCCUGGUCUUUGGGUAUACUGAAACCUCAAACUAAUAGAACUCUCUUCUUUUCUAGUAGGUGUAGUCCUUCCUUAGUUUCAACUCAUUUAAAAAUGCUUUCUUGUUUAGGACAAUGGAAGGAAGGCUGGUAUCGAAACAUUUUUGUGAUUAUUUUUUUUUUAUUUUUAUUUUUAUUUUAAAAAAGAUAAUGGCUAUGACGGCAUGGUGGCAGACAGUCCUUACAAAUACAACAUGUAAAGCAUUUACCAUAUCCUAAAUUUGCACUCUUUGCAGACCUGUGCACAUGUACUCAGCUUUCAGAAUAGUUUUGCAAGUUGUAAACGGAAAAAGGGGUGGAAGCUUUUUAAUAAAAGAAAAAAAAGGAAGACAACGCAUUUAUAAAUGAUCCUGUAUUAGAAUAUAAUAAAACUCCAGUAUAGUCAGUUACUACCCGUGAUGUACAACAGAUAUCUUCUAUUUUAGUUGCUAAUAAAGGGCUACACAAACCAAAA